AGCAUUAAAUCUGGUUCGGCCAGGAAAGUUUUCAGAUGUCAAACCGGAAGUCCAGGAUCUUGGGAAAAGUGGUCUGUGACGUCACGGCUGGGUUAGAAACUGAAAGAAGAACUCAGAAUCUCCCGAACUCCGAUCUGGACCUGCAGGCCGGAUUCUGGUUCUGACCGUGGAUUAGAGAGACGUUCUGAGAUGUUUCUGCAGCAGCAGCUGGUGGUUCUGGUCCCGGUCCCGGUCCUGGUUCUGGUUCUGGUUCUGCUCGUUUCCCAGCAUGCCUCAGGGCUCCAGGUGUUUGAGGGGGCGGAGUUUGUCCAGCUGCCCUGUCGGGUGAAGGUUUCUGAGUCUAACGGUUCUACAGCCGUUUGGGACCAAGAUGAGCUGCGGAUCCCUACGGUCCAUGUUCGCCAGCCGGACGGCGAUUACCUGAAGGACCAGAACCGGCGCUACGAAGGCCGGACGGCCAUGAUGGAGGACGCUCUGCUGACCGGAGACCUCAGCCUGACCCUGAGGAGACCCAGCUUCACCGACAGCGGGACCUUCACCUGCACCGUCCGCAGGCUUGGAGUGGAGCUGCACCAGGAGGCCGUGGAGCUGCAGGUCAAAGAAGCUCCUGCUCCGGUCUGGCUCUGGGUUCUGGUGGUUCUGGUGGUUCUGGUGGUGGUUCCUGUUGUUUUGUACCACAGAGUUAUAAAGAAGCCGACAGCAGCAGUUCUUCCGUCUGAGACGGUGGAGAUCAGAGAGGGGCUGAAGUCCGUCCUGCUGCCGGUUAAAACCCAGAAACGUCUCCACGGCGUCAGAGUGGAGUGGAUCCGUUCUGACCAGAGGAACAUCAGGAUCCACGUGUUUGAGAACGGACAGAAUCGCUCUGAGCUGCAGGAGGACAACCGGGUCCGGACCAAGAUGAGACCGGACCUGCAGGAGAGCAGAGACCUGAGCCUGACCCUCAGGACGCCGCGGCUGGACGACUCUGGGGUUUAUGACUGCAUCGUCUACAGAGGAGGAGAAAAGCUGCUGCAGAAAGCUGUGACUCUCAGGGUCAAAGAGAGCCUGAUGGAGGAGGUGGAGGUCGCCGACAGAGAGGAGUUCGUCCUUCUGCCCUUCAGAACCACAGCUGACCUGCCUGCAGAGAGCAAAGUGGUGUGGAGCCGCACUGACCAACACAACUCUGUCCAUGAGUACCAGAACAGUCAGAACCAGGAGUAUCUGAACCGGACUCAGAUGAAUCCUGACGCUCUGAGGACCGGAGACCUGACCCUGACCCUGAACUGCCCACGACUGGAGGACAGCGGCGUCUUCAUCUGCACCGUCUACAACAACCAAGAUGGGAGGAUCCUGAAACGGAAAGUUCUAAUACUCCAUGUCAAAGUCCAUCAGGUAGAAAAGGUUUCUGUGCAGGAGGGCAGAAGGUCGGUGGUUCUUCCCUUUAAGGCUCCGUCUCCCCUGAUGAAUGAAGCUUCUGCUGUGGAGUGGAAACUGUCAGACCGAGAGAAUAAGUUGGUCUGCAGACGUUGCAGAGACCAGAACUCACCAGCUCAGGACCAUGAAGGUCACAUGAUGAAUGAAGACCUGAUGAGGACUGGAGAUUUCAGCCUGAUGAUCAAUAAUGUCUCUCUGACUGACAGCCUGUUUAUCUGCUCCGUUUACAACGAGGACAGGAAGAUCCUCCGACAGAAAGUGGUGGUUCUGAUAGUCAGAGGUUUUCAGUCGGAGGUCGUGAAGGUCACAGUCGGGGACCCAUCGGUGUCACUUCCUUUUAAAAUCCCUGCUCCUCUGGACGAGGACGUCAGGGUGGAGUGGACCCGCCCGGACUCCAAACAGACGGAGGUCCUCACCUUUAAGAACGGAGAAAUUCGUUCACCCAAACAGGUCCUGGGUUACCGUUACCAUGGUAACACAGAGAUGGACAAAGACCUGCUGACCUCUGGAGACCUGAGUCUGGUCCUGAAGCGUCCGCGUCCUAAAGACAACGGCCUCUAUAGAUGCACCGUCUACAGCGGGGAGGAGGUCCAACACAUGAAGAUGGUGACGCUCAGUGUUGGAGAACCUUUGGACGGCAGAUUCACAGACCGACUGCUGAGUCACAAGAAGAGGAAAACAAGCAGAGACCCAAAUCCAGAGAACGUUCGGCUGGUCGAGGUCUUGAACUCAUCGAUGAAUCAGAACUGACUUCUGGAUCAAGGCUCGGUUCUGGAUUAUUGUUCUGGAUCAGCUCUGGAUGUUUCCAGAACAUGUUUGGUACCAGGAGCCCUGAACCCGGACCAGAUCCAGUACCAGUUGAUCCAGAACCUUCCAGGAUCAUCGUCACGUUUCUGUCAGCCUGAGGAACCACAACUUUCAGUGUAGAAGGAAAAACUCUGGUUCUGGUUCUGGUUCUGGUUCUGACCUCCUCAGAGCGUCUCCUUCCUCUGGACCAGUAACGGUUGUUUCCUCAGCCACUCUACUUGCUCUACGUCUACAUCAAUACGAUGGACCAACAGCCAGCCUGGACUCAGACGGGUCCAGAUCUUCAGGUCUUCAGGUCUUCAGGUCCAGGUUCUGGUACUGAGGUCAUUGUUC